AUGUCGAAAGCAACGUUUGGACCCUAUAGUGAAAAACUCCGUCAAGCAACGCAACGUCGUAUUUAUGGAAUAAAAUCGUCUUUAGUGAAUAAUACGAAUUUAAAAAUCGGCGAUCAUGCGCCAAAUUUUAGCCUUUACAAUACAGCUAACGAACAAGUAUCAUUGUAUGAUUUUACUAAGAAAUCCAAUGUAGUUCUGUUAUUUUUUCCAUUGGCUUUUUCUGAUGUAUGCGCAGAGGAAUUAUGCUUCAUUCGUGAUAAUAUGGAUAAAUAUAAUCAAUUGAAUGCUCUUGCUAUUGGUAUAUCCGUUGAUUCAAUGUUUGCUUUAAAUAAAUUUAAAGAAGAAAAACAAUUACAAUUUGAUUUAUUAUCGGAUUUUAAUAAAGAUGUUGCUCGAAAGUUUGGUGUACUCUAUGACGAAUUUCCAUUGUUCAACAUGAAAGGUGUUACUAAACGUGCAGCAUUUGUUAUUGAUCAAAAGGAAACUAUUCGAUACAUGGAGAUAUUGGAUGAUCCUGGGAAAAUGCCUGAUUUCGAAGCGAUUGAACAAAUACUUAAUGCAUGUAGUGCAGAGUAG